AUGGAAGGACCUCUGUACGAAGACUUUUUAGACAUCAAACGUUAUCUCAUCAAUGGCGUCAAUCUACAGAUCAAACUGUUCCGGACCAGGCCUUCCUUCCAUCUGAUGGCAGGAGAAGAUAAUCCUGAUUACAAAGUCAAGAUCGAAGACGUAUACCUCAGAGUCUGCAAAGUGCGACCCAAUACGGCCAUCAUCACGGCCCACGCCAAGGCAUUGCAGGACACUGAAGCCAAGUAUCCUUUCACAAGGAGCGACAUCAAAGUGGCCUCCAUACCCAAGGGACAACUGAGUUUCACCUGGGAUCACCUGUUUCAAAAUAAAUGUCUCAACAAAGUUGUGGUGGCACUGGUCUCUGCCGAAGCAGUGAAUGGCAGUUACACCAAAAAUCCAUUAAAUUUUGCCAUGUACGAUCUGGACACGAUUGCGUUGUACGUGAAUGGUGAAUCCUUACCGGCUCAACCUCUGCACGUAGACAAUAAUCAGUACAUCUCGGCCUACAGCAGUCUGUUCGAAGGAAGAGAAUCCAUAGGACUGGACGUGUCUAGAGAGGAUUUUAGAAGUGGAUAUGCUCUGUAUCAAUUCACCUUGGAACCUUACCACUUGAAGGACGGAUACCUGGAUCUUAUAAAAAGGGGUAAUCUUCGACUGGACUUACAGUUUAAAAAAGCCUUACCAGAAACGGUCAACUGUUUGAUCUACUCGGAAGACAACCUUCUGCUUCAAAUCGACGGAGCCAGGAACAUCUUGUAUGCAGAACCAUGA